AUGUCUUCAAGUGACCCUCAAAACUCGGCCUCCGGCUCGCAGGACCCAACGUCUUUUUUGCGGUCGGCCACUUUCUCGCGUGAUGGACCAGCAGUGUCCGUGGAGAAUGCUGUAACGGCUAACGACUUGCUCCUGGGUGCAUACGACCCGGCCAAAUUACAUCCUCUGGCUCAACUUGGGGAUCAAUUAGACUAUCUUGUACUAGAUGACGAUAAGACGAGCGAGUUGCCAGGGGCUGGCACAGCCAUUCCUUCUCGAGGUUGGAGUGAUGAUUUAUGCUACGGAACUGGCACAAUGUAUCUCAGUGGUCUGGCUUUGGGUGGCUUUUGGGGUGUGAGUGAAGGCGCUCGAAGACCUCUAGCCGUAUCAAAUACCCGCCUCCGGAUCAACAGCGUUCUUAAUUCUGUCACGCGAAGAGGAACGUUCAUAGGUAACUCAGCUGGUGUACUUGCCCUUGUCUAUAACGGAAUCAACUCCACCAUUGACUCUUUUCGCGGAAAACAUGACACAGCCGGCAGUAUGGCUGCCGGUGCAUUAACAGGCGCCCUCUACAAGUCAACAGCCGGGGUAAAACCCGCUCUUGCAGCAGCAUCAGUGAUAUCGGGAGUGGCAGGGAUUUGGAGCUACGUGAAGAAGAGCGUAUGAUAGACUGCUGUAACAUAUACCGUCCUAAUAUUUGCUUACCUAUGUGAGAUUUUAUUCUGACAUGUAAGCGUCCCAAUGGGAUUUACAGAACCUCGGCCGGUCGUUCAGGCCUGUUUUGAUCACUACUGCGGGAGAUCCAAAGAAGACGUGCCUUCAGCUUCCCAAAUACUGCUCCGAACAGAUUUGGAACCCUAUAUCGGUCGCCUUCAGA